UUGCUUCCCAGGCACCAGCUCAGCGCACGACAUGCAUCCCCCGCUCGAAUUACGCGUCUGCCGCCGCCUCGCCGUCGCGCGCCUCCCUCUCCCUCUGUGCUGCGCUGCUCGCUCCCGAUCUUUUUCACCAUGGCGGCCCGCACGCUUCGUUCCCGCUUCUUUACCAACCCUUAUAUACCCGCCUCGCCCCCCUCGUCCACCUCGUGACACCUAUAGCUCGCUCGCUCUCCUCGCCGGCACAGGCUACAGGCGGGCGCGCGCGCACACAAAUCGAGACGCUUCGGUUGCUUGCCUGGGGAAGGGGGGCAUACACCUGCGUGCACCAUAGAUAGGUAGGUGCAUAGGUGCACUGCAGCUGCCGAAUUUGGGCACAUGUCAGUAGGUGCCCAGAUAGAUGGUCGUGCCCUAAGGGUUCAUGGCUGAGCAGCAGCCGACGGCUGCGUCGUCGACAUCGCCGCCGCCGACCCACCAUUCUCCUUCCCCGGUGGUGCAAGUGCAAGCGGGCCACCAGGCUUCGGGUUCGGGUCCGGCCUCGCCUCAUUCUCCUUCUCCGGUGGUGCAGGGCGACGGGGCGGCGGAGGCGGCGGGGGUGGUAGUCGCCACGGCGCCGGGGAUGGCCGCCGCGACGAGCUCGGGGGAGCCGUCGCCGCGGUCGUCCGGGAAGCACGCGUUCUACCGCGGCAUCCGGUGCCGGAGCGGCAAAUGGGUGUCGGAGAUCCGGGAGCCCCGCAAGGCGCGCCGCAUAUGGCUCGGCACGUACCCGACGGCCGAGAUGGCCGCGGCCGCCUACGACGUCGCGGCGCGCGCGCUGCGUGGGGCCGACGCCGUGCUCAACUUCCCCGCCGCGAUCGCCUCGCGCCAGGCCCCAGCCUCCGCGUCCCCCGCGGACAUACGCGCCGCGGCGGCGGCAGCCGCGGCCGCCGCGCAGCUGGAGCACCCGCCGCAGGGUGGCGAGGCUGCCGCCACCACCGCCGAUCCCCCCGCUGCCGCGCAGGACCGGCACCAGCACCACGGCACGGGCAGCGCUGCCGCCGACGCCGCGGGAUACGCCCCGCAGCAGGGAAUCGGCAGCGACGAGUUCAUGGACGAAGAGGCCAUCUUCGAGAUGCCGCAGCUCCUGCGGAACAUGGCGGCGGGGAUGAUGAUGAGCCCGCCGAGGCUGAGCCCCGACACCUCCGACGAGUCGCCGGACCCGUCGGAGGCCGGGGAGAGCCUCUGGAGCUACCAUGACCCCUAGAUUGCAUUGCUCGAUUGCACGCGCCUAGGCCAUGGCCUAGUGUGGUAAUAGUACAAAACUAUAGUGAACCACUAGUGCAGCCGGUAGCGAACCAGAAUUGAUUAUGGCAACUACAGGAGCAGGAGGUACAUACACCGGACCCCGGCCGUGCAUCGCAGCAGCGUCCUCUAUCCGGUAAUAGAAGUGUAUGCCAUAAGCGUAGUGUGACAUGCUCGCUAGUAAGAGUACUAGUUACCAGAGAGCAUCCAUUUCAAGCAGUGCUACUACUACCCUUUUCAAAUUUUAUAAUUUUCCAUUUCUCUCAUUCACAGUAUUCAUCUCCUAUUUUUAUUUUGAAGUGAUUCGAAAUGAUUGAGCAAAGCCCAAUUGUUGA